UAGAAGCAGCCCGUAAAAGAAAAGAGGCCAUACCCGGGUUUCAAUUUCUCCGCCUGUUAAAUUAUCUGUAUUUAGGGUUAGACUUCUUAGAUUCUCACAAUUCACGAGUGCUCCGUUUUUUCUCUCUACUUAGUCGUUUCCAUCGAUUUCUCUACGUUUUAUCAAGCGCAGACAAUUGUUUAAAGGUUUCAUCUCAAUGGCGGGUCAGAGAAAUAGCCACGAUGAUACCGUAUACCGCUAUUUAUGCCCUGCAACAAAGAUUGGAAGCAUCAUAGGAAGGGGAGGGGAGAUUGUCAAACAAUUAAGGGUGGACACCAAAUCAAAGAUCAGAAUUGGCGACACUGUGCCAGGAUGUGAUGAGCGAGUUGUGACUAUUUACAGUGCAAGUGAGGAAACAAAUGAUUUCAAUGAAAUGGAUACGCAAGUUUGUCCAGCUCAAGAUGCACUGUUCAAGGUGCAUGACAGAGUGUUAGCUGAAGAUUCAGGCGCUGAUGAUGAACCAGAUGGAAGUCAACAUGUUACUGCUCGGCUGCUUGUUCCCUCUGAUCAGAUUGGAUGUAUUAUUGGGAAAGGAGGACAAAUAGUUCAAACCAUUCGUAGUGAAACUGGUGCUCAGAUUAAAAUUUUGAAAGAUGAUCAUUUGCCAGCAUGUGCACUGAGCACUGAUGAACUUUUACAGAUCUCUGGAGAAGCUUCAGUUGUGAGGAAAGCUUUAUUUCAGAUUGCUUCUCGUCUUCAUGAUAAUCCUUCUCGAUCUCAGCACUUACUUGCUUCUGCUGUACCCCCUAGUUUGUAUCCAUCUGCAGGCUCACUCAUUGGUGCACCUGGGGGUGCUCCUAUUUUUGCUCCUAUUGUUGGCUCUUACGGAGGAUACAAAAGUGAGAGGGGGGAUUGGCCACGCUCUGUUUACUCAUCUAGGGAAGACUCAUCCAUGAAGGAAUUUUCUAUUCGCUUUGUCUGUCCCACUGGUAAUAUUGGGGCCGUAAUUGGAAAAGGUGGUGCCAUCAUUAAUCAGAUUCGGCAAGAUACUAGAGCUAAUAUCAAAGUCGAUAGUUCAUCUGCUGCAGGCGAUGACUGCCUGAUAACAGUUUCAUCCAAGGAGUAUUUUGAAGAUCAAGUCUCUGCAACAAUUGAAGCUGCUAGGCGAUUGCAAUCCCGAUGCAGUGAAAAAGUUGAAAGGGAUUCUGGAGUUAUUUCAUUUACAACCCGGAUCCUGGUGCCAUCAACACUUAUUGGCUGCUUAAUUGGUAGAGGAGGAGCAAUCAUUACUGAGAUGAGGAACAUGACCAAGGCAAAUAUCCGCAUUCUUUCGAAGGACGAUCUUCCAAAGGUUGCAGCUGAUGAUGAAGAAUUGGUGCAGAUCUCCGGUGACUUGGAUGUUGCUGAAAAUGCUCUCAUCCAUAUAGCAUCAAGAUUGAGAGCAAAUCUUUUUGAAAAGGAGGGACAAGUGAUGCUUCCUGUUCUUCCUUAUGUACCUCUUUCACCAGACGGGCAUGAUGGCUUGCCUUAUGAUGGUAGAGAUAGCAAAAAACACGUUCGUGGGCUCUCUUACUCAGGUGGCUAUGGUGGUUCCAGUGAUAUGUCUCCAUCUGAUCCUUAUGGAAGCUAUGGUGGUUUACAGAGCACUGGAGGUGGUAGUAGUUAUGGUGUUUAUGGAAGCUAUUCAUCAGGACGUACUAAUAGUUCCGGGUUAUCUGGCCAUCAUUCAGGUUCCCGAAGGAAACCAUAUUACUAAAUGUUCAAUCGUUGAGGCACCAUCAGGUAACUGAAGUUUUUGGGUUUUUUUAUCUAACAUUCCACUUACUAGCUGAUCUAUGGUACUUGAUCUGGAAUUUGGAAGUUUGCUGAACCUAGGCUGCCCCUGUAUAUAGAGUUCUGAUGCUCAUGUUUUCAAUGUCUUCCUUUCCAUUCCCAACAAAACAGCUGUAACUUUGAAGCCCUGAAGCUUGCUUCCUGCCACCUUUGAUGAAGCCUCCAGCCUAAACCAGAAGACCAGAUCAAAAGGGUUUGACAAACAUAUGGCCAACCUUGAUGCUUAUGUCCAGGAGACUAAUUGGAGAACUACAUUAUCAAAACUUGCCAUGUCCAUGAUACCAAAUUUACCAAGCUGUUUCUAUUUUUCUGGUCCUUAGAACCUUUGUAGCCAGUAUGCCUUGGUUUGUCUUAGUUCGCUUUGCACAAUGUUAUUCAACUAUUCAAACAGUAUGCCUUUGUAGCCACUAAUUGUCCCAACAUUUAGUGCUGAGUGUUUUCUACCCUUCAUUUUACUCGACACUUUAACACCCAGGUUAACUUAUAGAGACAGCCCUUGAUGUUUUCUCAUGAAAUCUGACUUGAGUGUUAAUGUUUUGUUCUUUUUCUAUCAUUACUGCAAACUUUCCAAUCGGUUUCUUUGUCUUUUUUAACUUCAAGUUAAUUUGUAUUCCAAGUGUAGGUUGAUCGUGUUUAAAUAUGUUUAUGAACAACUAAUAUUGACCCGGCCAUUUUGGUGUAUACUUUUCUUUCAAGGGAUUUCACAGUCAAUAUUAAUUAUUGGGGGAGAAGACCAAUGCCAUUACAUACUUGAGAUGCGAGCCUUGAAUCUUGAUACAUUUAUAGUUCCAAAAUCUAACUUGGAAAUUGAUUUUGUUGAGAGUUGAAAGGGGAGAUAGAUUUUAAUUAAGCUUGUGUGCCGAUGUAAUGAUUGGGGCUUUCAAGAUUUUUCAGCAACUGUGUGAGGGGCCUUACUCCAAUUUUCUUGGGGUCAAAUGGAGCUAACAAUCAAACAGUGGGGGAUAUUCUAAGCAUAGUGCAAAACAUGGUUGCCUCAAAUUGUGUUGGUAGAAUUGUUUUCCAAACUACCAAACCGAUAGUAAACAUAUUGUAAAGGUACAAACCCCACAUUUUAGGCCCGUUUUUCAAGAUAUGUCUCAUGGUUAUGGUUUUUAUUGAUAUUUGGCGGUAUGAUAACCACAGCAGCCUCUUAUUGCCAAGAAUGUCCUUGUUUUUUUAGGUAUUUACCAUUGAUAUGAGAUGUUAUUUUAUGGCGCAUUCCUUUCUAUUACCUAUCUCUGUUUUGGUAUUUAAGGCUUUGUUUCAGUCUAAAUAGACAUGACCUUGUUACCUCCAAAACUUUAGGUACUACGAUCAUAAGAGAUGUGAUGUUUUUUCCUUGAACUUUAUCUGUCUCUGAACCUAUCCUAUUUGAGCUUCUUCUGCCUCAAAACACAUUGCAUUUCAUACGGGCAAGGCUCUUUCUGGCAGUGAGUGAAUUUGGUCACCCUUUAAAGGUUGCUGGCUCGUCAAGCUAUUGUGAGGAUUAAUUAGAAAAUGAAACCAUUUUUGAGCAAGUGAAAUUUCUAUUGUGAGGCAAUCCUUGUUUGUUUUCUCUAUUGACAAAUGACAAUGCCUAGUGUUGCUGAUUGUUUUAAAACAUAGUUUUUCUAGGAUUUUUGGGAUAUAUCUUUGUGCCCUUGGGUCCUUCUUUCCUUGUCCUUAAAUGGCCAAAAUGUAAAAUAGAGAGUGUUCGGUAGUUUUUAAGAUAUACGAAAUCAAUCUUAAUGCCAAAGUCUAUGGAUAUAUGCUAUCCUCCACUACUUAUUUUUCUGUGCAGUUACUAUAGAUAUGAGAUGUUAUCUUAUCAGACAUUUUUAUCUACUGCCUAUAUCUGUUUUGGUACUUAAAGCUUUGGCAUUGUUCAUAUUGCAUACUAGAAUGCCUUUCUUAUAUGAAGUAGAAAUUAUUUUUGUACUUUAACAAGCAGUGUUUUUCAAUGUAUAUUUUGUUGGGAAUCAAAUUUGUCGUAUGAUAUGCUAUCUGGAGCGAGUUAUAUGAAGUAGAAAGAGCAAGAAAACUUCUUAGGUGGGAUAUGCCAAUGUCGAACGCUAUUGGAUGUUGAGUUUUGUGUAUGGUCAUGAUAUGUGAAAUGCAAGUUUUUGAGGGGGUUAUCAGAAAAAACUCAGCUGCAAAUCUGCAAUGCAGUGCUGUAAUUCUGAAAGUGCAACAAUUUCUCGUCUGAUCAUUCCUUCCAAAGACCUUCGGAACUGUUGUCCUUUGGAGAUGUCGUAUGCUCGCCUCGCUUGGCCUUGUAUAGUUUGUAUAACUUAUUUUGAUCUACAAUAAAUAGACAUUCUUUACUUCAAAUGAU